CACACCAUCGCUAACUUUGACCUCUUUCUUCCACCGGCACAGCACAGCCGCCGCCGGCGGCCAUGGAGUUAGCCGUGGGCGCCUCGGAAGCCACCAUCAAGUCCCUCCUGAUAAAACUAGGCGGCCUUCUAGCGGAGGAGUACGCCCUGAUUCGCGGCGUCCGCGGCGACAUCCAGUUCAUCAACGACGAGCUCGCCAGCAUGCAGGCCUUCCUCAGCAACCUGAGUCGCAGCGGCACCGACGGCCACGACGAUCAGACGGAGGACUGGAUGAAGCAGGUCCGCGACGUCUCCUACGACAUCGAGGACUGCGUCGACGACUUCGCCCACGGCCUCCGCCCCGACCCACGCGGCGGCGGCCUGUGGUCCAUGAUCCGCAGGACUCUGUACGAGAUCCAGACGUAUUUCCCCCGCCGCAACAUCGCCGCCCAGAUCGUCCAUCUCAAGCAACGGGCCCAGCAUGUCGGCGAGCGGCGAGGCAGGUAUGGCGUCCCAGAUCCAAUUCCCGGCAGGAAGAAGAGUAGCUCUGGUGGCGCCACCGGAUACCUCGCCGCCGAGCACCAGGAGACAACCCGCCGGCUCGUCGGCAUCAAGGAGCCCGUGGGGGUGGAAGAGGAUAUGGAGGACCUUAAGAAAUGGAUCCUCUCUGACGAGAACAAGCAGCAGCUCGGAGUGCUGUCCAUCGUUGGAUUCGGUGGGGUGGGGAAAACCACCAUUGCUAUGGCGCUCUACCGAAAAUACGGGGAUCAGUUUCAGCGUCGAGCCAUGGUCACCGUGUCACAGAACUCAGAUUCUGAGGCAGUGCUCAGGGAUAUACUGAGUCAAGUCAAGCCCCAGGACAGCAGUGAGGAGCAGCGUGGUCAGCAUAGUGCAGGUGCCGUCUCGGAGAAGACAAAUCAGGCAGCACUUUUCAGAAGAACAUUGAGCUGAAUCAUUUCGCCGACCCGAAAUCAAGAGGAGGAUCAGGAGAAGCACACAGGCAUACAAACAGAGCUGAAGAAUUACCUCGAAACAAACAGGUACUUACUGUUAAUUGAUGAUGUGUGGUCAUCGUCUACAUGGCAGAAUAUCAAGAGAUAUUUUCCUGAAAAUAAUAAUGGCAGCAGAAUAAUUGUUACUACACGAUUUCAAGCGGUCGCCACAACAUGUUCUACUCACAAAGACAAUGACCGUGUCCACCCAGUUAAUGUUCUUUCAGAUGAUGAACCAAGAAAGUUAUUUCAGAAGAGCCUGUCAGAGUGCAAGGGUGCUACAAGCAAUCAACAAAGUUGGCAUAACAUUCCAGAUAGGGUUUGGGGAAUGUGUGGGGGCCUGCCACUAGCAGUUGUUACAAUGGCAGGUCUUGUGGCAUCCAAGCCUUUGAGGAUCAAGGAUGAAUGGGCUACAGUUUGUGACUCAUUGUUUCCAGAGCCAGAAAAAUGUCGUAAGCCGGAGGAUUUUAUGAGGAUAAUCAAUUUUUGCUACCAUGAUUUGCCUAGUGAUCUUAAGACUUGUUGUCUGUAUUUAAGCAUCUUUCCUAAGGGUCGCAAAACUAGCAGGAACCGGUUGAUCAGGCGAUGGAUAGCUGAGGGGUUUGUCAGUGAGAAGCAGGGUUUGAGUGUUGAGGAUGUUGCAGAGACGUGUUUUAAUCAGCUCAUUGAAAGGAAGAUAAUGCGACCUGUAGAGCACAGCAGCAAUGGAAGGGUGAAGAGCUGUCAGGUUCAUGACAUGGUCCUUGAGUACAUCAUUUCCAAGGCAGCCGAAGAGGAUUUCAUCACUGUGAUUGGUGGCUACUGGUCCAUGGCAACACGUAGCAACAAAGUCCGCAGGCUUUCCCUCCACAACAGUGACUCCAAACAUGCAAAGAAAGCAGCUAGCAUGAACCUGUCACAUGUACGAUCACUGACCGUGUUUGGAAGCCUGGGCCAACUACGUUUCAAGUCAUUCAAGACUGGAAUAGUGCAAGUACUAGACCUCGAAGGCUGCAGAGGUUUCAAGGCGAAACAUGUGAGUGUCUCAGACAUAUGUGAAAUGACUCUACUCAAGUACCUAAGCCUUCGAGGGACAGACGUCAGCAAAUUACCCUCAAAAAUUGGGAAUCUCAAGUACUUAGAGACCCUAGACAUAAGGGAGACAGAGAUUCAGGAGCUCCCAAAAACUGUGGCUCAGCUGGAAAGGAUAAGUAACAUACUUGGUGGGGACAAGAAAACACGGAAAACUCUGAAACUUCCUAAAGAUGUCAAGGGAACAAUGAAAGAUCUACGCAUAUUGUCAGGGGUGGAGAUUGUUGAGGGAUCCACUGCUGCAUCAGACCUUGGUUAUUUCACCAGGUUGAGGAAGUUGGCCAUUUAUAAGCUCCACAAGGGUGAUCAGAUGUUCAAAGAUUUACUCUCUUCUAUCCAGUAUCUCAGCGGCUACUCUCUCCAAACUCUUGUAAUUGAUGAUGAUUCAUCUGAAUUCCUCAACACUCUGGAUUCUAUGACAUCCCAUCCGACGGACCUGAGAACUCUCAAGUUGUCUGGCAAGUUGUUUCAAGUACCCAAGUGGCUUCCAGGCCUCAGUGAGCUCAUCAAGUUAACUCUUUCAGCGACAGUUCUCCGGACAGAUAGUUUACUGCUCCUUGGCAAGCUAGCGUCUCUGUUUUCCCUUACCUUUUCAAUCAGUGCAGCAAAUAAGGAUCCUGAUAUGGCGGCCAUACUCGAGAAAAAUAAGUCUGAUUCUGGAGGACAGAUCUUUGUUCCUGCUGGAGGGUUUGGUAAGCUCAAACUGCUUCGCAUAUUUGUACCUCUUCUUCCAUCUCUGAACUUCUCAAAGAAGGCCAUGCCGCAGCUCGAAAGGCUUGAGCUCCGUUUCAAAAGAUUGGAAGGUGUUCAUGGAAUGGACAGACUCGGAAGCCUCCAUGAUGUGCUCUUAACAGUUGAUGACAAAGCAGGUGAACCUACAACGUCGAUACUAGAAGAUAUGAAGGGAAGCUCAUCGAGGAAGUAUGCCCUAAUUAUUAACGAGUAUCAUGAUUGACUGAAGUCUGCUUCAUGUUUCUUGUAUCUUCUCUAUAAGGAUGGCGGUAGCCGUGCAAAAACCUGUGUAUUUCCCAGUUGUUUUGUUGGGUUAAGUCUGUUAAGUUGUCUUUGCUUUGGAUCUGCUACAUGCUACUUCAAUGGUGUUGUAAGAG